GACGGGUUUGACUACGACUUCAAUCUCAGCUCCCACGUGAUAGAGCAGAAGGAGCCCCUGAUGGAUACGGUGGAAGGUCCCUACCUUGUCAUCAUCGAGCAGCCAAAGCAGCGGGGGUUCCGGUUUCGGUACGGCUGCGAGGGCCCUUCGCACGGGGGGCUGCCAGGAGCAUCCAGCGAGAAGGGGCGCAAGACCUAUCCCACCGUCAAGAUCUGCAACUACACAGGGAUGGCCCGGAUUGAGGUGGACCUGGUGACGCACAGUGACCCUCCCCGUGUGCAUGCCCACAGCCUGGUGGGCAAGCAGUGCAAUGAGGCCGGCAACUGCAUUGCGAUCGUGGGACCCAAGGACAUGACGGCUCACCUGAUGGCAUCUCCCCCUGCCCCGGCAGAAGCAGAGCUGCGUGAGAUCGAGCUGGAGGCGAAGGAGCUGAAGAAGGUGAUGGACCUGAGCAUCGUGCGGUUGCGCUUCACUGCCUACCUCCGCGACAGCAGCGGGAACUUCACGCUGGCCCUCCAGCCUGUCAUCUCAGACCCCAUCCAUGACAGCAAGUCCCCAGGAGCUUCCAACCUGAAGAUCUCACGGAUGGAUAAGACGGCAGGCUCGGUGCGGGGAGGGGACGAGGUCUACUUGCUGUGUGAUAAAGUUCAGAAAGAUGACAUAGAGGUGCGUUUCUACGAGGACGACGAGAACGGCUGGCAGGCCUUCGGGGACGUCUCCCCCACUGACUACUCGGUCACCGCCGACCCCCGCAUGCUGCUGGCGGUCCAGAGGCACCUGGCCGCAUCACAGGAUGAGAACGGAGACACGCCUUUGCACCUCGCUAUUAUCCAUGAGCAGACGGCUGUGAUCAAGCAGCUGAUCGAGGUCAUUGUUAGCAUCCCCCACCAGCAGAUCAUCAACAUCUCCAACAACCUGCAGCAGACGCCACUGCAUCUGGCAGUCAUCACCAAGCAGCCCCAAGUGGUCCAGCUCCUCCUGCAAGCCCACGCCGACCCCACCUUGCUGGAUCGCUACGGCAAUUCCCUGCUGCACCUGGCACUCCAGGCUGGCGAUGAAGAGAUGCUGAGGACGCUGCUGGCCCACCUGGGCUCAGCUGCCCCUUAUCUGCUCCACCUGUCCAAUUACCACGGCCUCCUGCCUGUGCACCUGGCCGUGAAGGCAAAGAGUCUGGCCUGCCUGGACCUGCUGGUCAGGAAGGGAGCGGACGUGAAUGCAGUGGAGAGGCAGGGUGGGAGGACCCCGCUGCACCUGGCUGUGGAGAUGGAGAACCUGAACAUGGCCACCCACCUGGUGAAGAAGGGAGGGGGAGAUGUCAACAGCAGGACUUUUGCCAGGAACACCCCCCUGCACCUGGCUGCCGGCCUGGGCUCCCCCACCCUCACCAAACUGCUCCUCAAAGCUGGGGCAGACAUGAUGUGUGAGAACGAUGAGCCCAUCAGCCCAUCCUCGUCGGAGGCCAGCAGCGACACGGAUGCUGACCCCGAGGAGCAGGAGCUGGCCAUGGAGCUGGGGGAGCCGGCCCCAGCCGUGGAGCACGGCACCAACCCCAAGCCCCCCGCGCAGGGGCACGGGCAGGCAGGGCACAGGCAGCACCGCUGCCACACGCCCCUGGACCUGACUCGAAGCCAGAAGGUGCGGGAGACCCUGCUGCAGGCCUCCCAGCAGGGCCCCGAGGUGGAGCUGCCCGCUGCCCCUUGGCCAGGGAAGGUCCUGUCGCUGGACAGUGAGGCGCUGCAGGGGCUGGACCAGCAGCCGCAGGUGCAGUGA